UUGUUGGUGCUGAUUGGAGAUGGGAAUUUUGCGAAAUUCGAAUAGAAAAUGUCCGGUCUAUUCUAUAAAUAUAUAUUUGACACAUCGAAGUGGGUCUCGACUAGUGAAAUCUUUACACGUCCUAGGGAACACCUGGGGGUUUGAUAAAUUCAGGAUUGAUGUGCGAUUAAUUUGAGGAAAUGGAUCUCCUGAGGUAUCGAAAAUUUUUUGUCUAUAUUUUGACAUUUAUGGCGUAUGCAUGGUCGGGUUAUGGUACCGGUUUACUUGGCAAUCUUCGGGAUGCUGUGUUAGCUGCAGAGACAGUCUUUGGAGAUUUUUUCCAGAAUGCCAUCACCGUCGCGAGGAAGAUGAAGGACAUCCACGAGGUGUUCGAUGCGGCUGUCGAGGAAACUUGUGUCUUUCAAUGUCCCUCAGGAUUGACUCCAAAACCAAAUAAAAAUCACGUACCCCAGAGCAAUGGAUGCGGGUCAUUAGGAAUUGAGAUAAGUUCCGAGUACCUCCCACUUUCUGAAAUGACAAAAUGCUGUGAUCAACACGACAUCUGCUACGACACAUGCAACAAUGACAAGGAAAAAUGUGAUUUGGAGAUGAAACGUUGUUUAUACAAAUACUGCGAGAGCUAUCAGACAACAGGUGUUACAAUAGUAAACACCUGCAAAGGAGCUGCUAAGAUGUUGUUCACAGGUACAACAGCUCUUGGUUGUAAAAGUUAUCUGGAUGCCCAGAAAAAUGCGUGCUGGUGUGGAGAUAAAAAGAGGGAUAAGAAGUCAAAGUGGUUCGGAGGUGACGAGCUGUAAAAAAAUCCCACAAUCUCGAAUGCAAUCUCUCGAUUCAACUCACCGAAGCCCUCUAAACUCCUUGAAUGGAAAGCACCUGUUGUAAAUAGCCCGUUGUAUUUUUUAAUUAAAAGAAAAGUGAUUUAUCAA